UUUGGAAUAGACAAAAAAGUCCGUUUGCCUCACUUGCCCAUAGUCUUCACCGGCUAGAAAAAGUAGAUUGGCUUUGGUUCGAUUCAGAAUCUUCAGAGCAUUUAUUUGUUACUUGUGUCUUCAUUUCUUGCGGCAAUAAGUAAAUUACAUAGGCCGCACCUUUACAGAUCCGAAGAAAAAAUGUCUCAGGAAGAAAGUCUACCCGAAGGAUGGGAAGCUCGCAAGAGCCGGAGCACGGGUAUGACAUAUUACCUGAACUCCCACACUAAGAAGUCGCAGUGGGAGAAGCCAGAGGGCCCUGCUCCUAUGGAAGAGGAAGAGGAUGAUGGCAGUUCUCCAAAGAAGGUGCAGUGCAGCCACUUGUUGGUGAAGCAUGAAGGAAGCCGGCGCCCAUCAUCGUGGCGUGAGGAAAACAUCACUCGCUCUAAGGAAGAGGCACUAGCCAUUCUCUCAGAGUAUCGUCAGAAGAUUGUCAACAAGGAAGCAACAUUUGAAGAGUUGGCCAAACAGUACUCUGAUUGCUCAUCAGCCAAGCGUGAUGGUGAUCUAGGCAUGUUCAAGAGGGGGCAAAUGCAGAAGCCAUUUGAGGAUUGUGCCUUCUCCCUGAAGAUAGGGCAGCUCAGCCAGCCUGUUGAGACAGAUUCAGGAGUCCACAUUAUUCUCCGAACUGCUUAAAUCUAUGAGCAACUUAUUGACACACAGGUUCACAUCUUAUUUUGUUGCAAAAUUUGAACUGUUUACAAUAAUUUUGGAACAUUUUGUAAUAUUUGUGUCAUUAACUAGCAAAAUCAUUGAUUACUGAAAAACUAUUAUUUAACUAUGAUAUUAUACCUAAGAGCUAACUUUUUUAUUUUGGUUUCUUUAUUUAUUUUAUUAAAAACAAAGACUCGAAGCCAUGAAGUUAUGAUUUACAAUAAAUUAGAUACACUUAGGUCUUGUGUUAGUAUUGGCUAACUUAUUAUAUUUUUUACGAAGUACAUGAUGGUUUCACAAGAUUGUCAAUGAAGUUUAACAUUGGGAGUAUUUUAAUUUUAAGUAAUAAAUGAAGUUGCUGAUACUUAACAGGAUAAUAUUUAUAAUUAUGCAUUUAAGAAAUGUCCUUCAUAAAUGGACAGGCAGAUUCCAGAGUUAUUAUAAAUUCCAUUGUUUGAAAACACUAAAAUAUGCUGUUGCGGAUUGGAGCAUAAAUGAUAAGCAUUCAAGGAUUUGUCUCAAAAAAUGUUCCAGUAGUAAAAAGAAGCUAUUGAAGAAACAAAAUAAUUAAAUAAAUCUCUUAGGUUUUAUGAGGUCUGUAUAAAUUGGAAAAAACUUAGAUACAUCAGCAUUUAUAUUUUCAGUGAUUUGUACUUAUUACUAUUAAGAAGAAAUGGUUUCUGAUUCAUCUGUACCUUCCCUUGGAAUAAAAUACUUGUUUUUA